CUCGCCUCGUGAUGACGGAGAAGAGAUCUGAUGUAAUGCAGGCUGCAUGAGAAGAUGCAACCCAUCCGACUCACGCGGAAUCGCCCUCCGCCUCCUCUUUCGGCACCCUCUGACUCCCCUCUCCCUCCCUCGUCAGCUGCCGCCUGCAUCCAUGUCCGCCCUCUCCGCACUCUCCGAUUCUCCCCGUCUUUCCAGCGGCGGCGGCCUUUCGACCGCAUGGGCGGCACUGAGCUCCGACACCUGGCUCUCAAAUUCGUCGCCUGCAAGCUGCACAAUGCCGAGCUGUGGCGGGGUCUGGCCAGCCGGACAGUCGCCAUCGGCCGUGAGAGGCGGCUGAUGAGUCCGCGCGACCUCGCCCUCAUCAUGAAUGCCUUCAAGCGGAUGGGCAUCUCCGAGCCGGCGCUGCUCAGCGAGUGCGAGCGCAUCGUCACCGACCGGCUGCACGAGUUCUCGGGUGAGGACCUGGCUUUAGUUGCGCUGAGCUACGCGGCCAUGGAAGGGUCGACGGUGGGCUUGUUGAUGACGGUGGCUGACCGGGUGUGUCAGCAGGCGGACGAGGGGCGGCCGCCACAGCAGGUCUUAUCGUGGGUGCAUUUGGUGGGCGCUCUCGCAAAGGCAGGGGUGCCGCAUCAGGUGAGAGAAGCAUUCACACACAGACAGACAGACAGACAGACGCAUCACACGGCCUUCUUGAUGCGGUCAUUCGGUUCCAUCCAGGAGUGUUUCCAGUUCGCGGCUCCGCCCAUCUGUGACGCGCUGGAGGGGAGGGAGCGCUUCGCCGGCAGGCUCAUCGCCAAGAUAGCCGCGUCAUAUGCACGGUCAGACGGGCGUACAGCGGGGAAUAGGACGGACGGCUCAGACGUUGAUACGUGCUCUCGUAUGUGUGUCGUGAUUGCAGGUUUGGGUACAAGCAUGACCGGCUGCUGGAGCUGCUGGCCAAACGCAUCCCUACUGUGUACCUCAGCGACGCUGAAAUACUGGUAAGGACAGCACAAGUCCUGGUGCACUGUGAUGACUGCGGCAACCACACCGUGUGCCCUCUUCCUGUGCCUGUGUGUGUGUGUGCAGCUGCUGCAGCGAAGCUUCAAGGCGCUGCAAUUCGAAGACGGCACUCUCGACCGCAUCGUGCAGCUGAGGCUGAAUGGGUGAUGGAGGGCAGGAAAGGCGAUGCCUUCCUCCCUUCCCUACGCCUUCAGCGUCGCCUUCACGAUGCGGAGGGCAGAGAGGCGGACGGGUGGGAUGGCUCCCGUCUUGAUCAGACUACAUUGGGUAUGUAUCUGUCUGUCGGAUUGUCCAUUGUGUACAUACGGAACACUACAUGAGGGGGUUGGUAUGAUGAGGUCUCAGCGUCUCCCAUGUCAUGGCUUGUCUCCUUCGCGGGGUUGACCUCUGGGAGACGACACACAUGUGCGGCCGUCUCACACAAGUCGACUUUGGCGGGGAGACAAAUCGUGAGAUGAUGAGAGAAUGAUCGGAGAGACCGAUAAGAUUCGAUGCAUUUGCAAUAUGCGUUCAAUCAUGGCUGCAUCCGAG